UUUAAUAAAACCAAGUACGGCUUCUUUUUAUUGGCAGAUAAACAAUAGAACGUGAACCAGCUCAUCGGCCACGAUGGUGUCGCACAAGUCCCAGAACUGGUUCUUCCGGAUGUCGUACGAGAAGCAGGACACGCUCAUCAAGAUGCUCAUCCUGUCGAUCGCCGCCAUCUUGUCGUUUGCGACGCGCCUGUUCUCUGUGCUGCGCUUCGAGAGCGUCAUUCACGAGUUCGAUCCCUACUUCAACUAUCGGACGACACGCUUUCUCGCCGAAGAGGGCUUCUACAAGUUCCACAACUGGUUCGACGACCGGGCGUGGUAUCCGCUCGGGCGUAUCAUCGGGGGAACGAUCUACCCAGGGCUUAUGGUGACCUCUGCUGCCAUCUACAAUGCCCUCAACUACAUGAACAUCACCCUGGACGUGAGGAACGUUUGCGUGUUCCUCGCUCCAUUCUUCUCCAGUCUGACGACCAUCGUAACAUUCCUGCUCACAAAGGAGCUGAAGGAUGCUGGGUCUGGUCUCGUCGCGGCGGCCAUGAUCUCAAUCGUUCCCGGCUACAUCUCACGAUCGGUGGCGGGAUCGUACGACAACGAAGGGAUCGCGAUCUUCUGCAUGCUGCUCACCUACUACUUCUGGAUCAAGGCGGUGAAGACGGGCUCGCUGUUCUGGAGCACGGCGUGCGCGCUCGCCUACUUCUACAUGGUGUCGUCGUGGGGCGGCUACGUGUUCCUCAUCAACCUGAUCCCGCUGCACGUGCUCGUGCUGAUGUGCACCGGCCGCUUCUCGCACCGCAUCUACGUCGCCUACUCGACCGUCUACGUGCUCGGCACCGCGCUCUCGAUGCAGAUCUCCUUCGUCGGCUUCCAGCCCGUGCAGUCGAGCGAGCACAUGGCCGCGCUCGGCGUCUUCGGUCUCUGCCAGCUGCACGCGUUCGUCGACUAUGUGCGCGCGCGCGUCGGCACCGACAGCUUCGCGCUGCUCUUCCGCGCGCUACUCACGGCGACGGCGGUCGCGGCGGCGGUUGUCGGUGGCGUACUGGCGGCGAGCGGCAAGGUGGCGCCGUGGACGGGCCGCUUCUACUCGCUGCUCGACCCGUCGUACGCGAAGAACAACAUCCCGAUCAUCGCGUCCGUCUCCGAGCACCAGCCGACGACGUGGAGCUCGUUCUACUUCGACCUGCAGAUGCUCGUCUUUCUUUUCCCGGCCGGCCUCUACUUCUGCUUCACGAAGCUCACCGACGCGAACAUCUUCAUCAUCAUCUACGGCGUGACGAGCAUCUACUUUGCCGGCGUCAUGGUGCGGCUGAUGCUCGUGCUCGCGCCCGUCAUGUGCAUCCUCUCGGGCAUCGCCGUCUCGGCGACGCUCGGCACCUACUUCGGCAACAUCGAUGCAGUCGGAGCCGCGCAGCGGCCGCGCUCGGUCGCCGGCCGCAAGAAGGCCGUCGACCACACGUACACGUUCAAGAACGAGGUCGCGUGGGGCGUCAUCCUGCUCGUCAGCUUCUUCCUCGUGACGUACACGUUCCACUGCACGUGGGUGACGUCGGAGGCGUACUCGUCGCCGAGCAUCGUGCUGGCGGCGCGCGCCGGCGACGGCGGCCGCAUCAUCUUCGACGACUUCCGCGAGGCGUACUACUGGCUGCGCCACAACACGCCCGAGGACGCGAAGGUGAUGUCGUGGUGGGACUACGGCUACCAGAUAACGGCGAUGGCGAAUCGGACAAUACUCGUCGACAACAACACGUGGAACAACACGCACAUCUCGCGCGUCGGCCAGGCGAUGGCGUCGCCCGAGGACAAGGCGUACGAGAUAAUGCGCGAGCUUGACGUCGACUACGUCCUCGUGAUCUUCGGCGGCCUCACCGGCUACUCGUCCGACGACAUCAACAAGUUCCUCUGGAUGGUGCGCAUUGGCGGCAGCACGGACCGUGGCGCACACAUCAAAGAGCACGACUACUACACGCCCGCCGGCGAGUUCCGCAUCGAUCGCGAGGGAUCACCGACGCUGCUCAACUGCCUGAUGUACAAGAUGUGCUACUACCGCUUCGGCUCGGUCUACACGGAGCAGGGCAAGCCGACGGGCUACGACCGCGUACGCAACGUUGAGAUCGGCAACAAGGACUUCGAGUUGGACGUCCUCGAGGAGGCUUACACCACAGAGCAUUGGCUGGUGCGCAUCUACAAAGUCAAAGACCUGGACAACCGAGGCAACUAGCACUGCACGUCGUCGUCUUGCGCGUCAGUGUACAUUUUGUUUAGGAGUAACUGCAAGGAGAGAGAAGAGAUUCAAUGGUCUGUCAUGUCUCCUUUCUGGGAAUAGUUGUUUUUGGUGAGGUGUUGAAUACUGCUUGCCAAUUUCCAUAGGUGUCGGCUGUACUAAAUCUGAGCACGUGUUUAGCCUAGUUGAUUCGUUAGGCCAAUACCUAGACAUAUUUGGCAUGUCUUGUUGUUUAAACAAUGAAAUUUCAGCAUAACUGGUCACAUCGUAAUUUGUCAAGCACAAGUUUCUGGCAUUAGGAGGGUGGCAUUAACAAUGUAUGGGUAGAUGUGUCCGAACUGAAAAAUACCAGUGAUUGCAAAAGGCACAGCUUUAUUUCGGUGUGAGUACUGUCUUUUUGUCGACAAUAAAAAGUGGGUGUUAAAUUUUUCUAUAUUGAUCAUAUCCUUAAUUGUAAUCAUAAUCAUAAUAAUAAUAAAUUUUUACAAAAAAUA